UUACGUGGCAAAAGCACCUCAGCAGCUGAGCCGAAACCCGUCCCAACUCUCCGCCUUUAAGCCGAUGCUGCCAACGCAGCCACUUUAUUAUAAUUUAACAUUUUGAAUGGGCUGAAAGAACACAUUGAUGAAGAAUUUCACAUCACUUCCACACGGAAAACAACGAUGUUGACGGUUACUGAACUUUUCAUUCUGGUGGCGCUGUGCUGUGCCACAGCGUCCGGCUACUUUGUUAGCAUAGACGCGCACGCUGAGGAGUGUUUCUAUGAACGAGCAAACUUGGGGACAAAGAUGAGCCUGAUGUUUGAAGUGGCAGAGGGAGGAUUUCUGGAUAUUGAUGUGGAGAUCACGGGUCCGGACGGUCAGCAGGUCUAUAAGGGCGAGAGGGAGUCGAGUGGGAAGUAUGCGGUGGCGGCCCACAUGGAGGGAACCUACAAGUUCUGCUUCAGCAACCGCAUGUCUACCAUGACGCCCAAGAUCCUCAUGUUCACCAUCGACCUGGGAGAGGCUCCCAAAAACCAAGACAUGGAGACCGAAGUCAAUCAGAAUAAGCUGGAGGACAUGGUGAAUGAGCUGGCCGUGUCCCUGACGGCGGUGAAGCAUGAGCAGGAGUACAUGGAGGUGCGCGAGAGGAUCCACAGAUCAGUCAAUGACAACACCAACAGCCGCGUGGUGCUCUGGUCCUUCUUCGAGGCCCUGGUGUUGGUCGCCAUGACGCUGGGCCAGAUCUACUACCUGAAGCGCUUCUUCGAGGUGCGGCGAGUCGUGUAGACUUCAGACGAUCGCUCUGGAGCACCCUGCACUGCACACCUGGGGCCUACACUGAGCAGCCGGUUCAGCAGUAAACCAGCUUAAGUUCAGAGGUAAAUCAUCUAAUAGAAGAGCCUGGAGUCCUCAUUUUCUUAAGGCUCUUUUUAAGCCCAAUUUUCCAGGCUCUUCAAUUAGAUGAUUCACCUCUUAACUUAACCUGGUUUACUCCUGAACCAGCUUCUUAGUAGAGGUCUCUGGAGCAGCCUGGUCACCAGGAGCAGCACCUCGACUUCAGAGUACAGAGAGAGAGAGAGAGAGAGAGAGAGAGAGACGGAGAGAGAGAGAGAGAGAGACGGGUAGUGGACGUCGUCACCAGAGGUCACCAACUUCACCACGUGUGCGCGUCACCAACUCCUCACAUCACCACAGAGUCCACUUCUCCAACCGCCAUCUUCACAAUCUGAUUGGCUGAUUCAGACACAACACCAUCUUCACAAUCUGAUUGGCUGAUUCAGACACAACACCAUCUUCGCAAUCUGAUUCACACACAACACACACAAUACCAUCUUCACAACACAAUCCAUUUGGCUCAGAUCAUCAUUCCGCUCUGCUGUCUAUCCUAAAGGCAGCACUGAGCACCGUCCAUGCCGUCCAAGGACCUAUACAUACUAAGAAGCCGGUUCAGGAGUAAACCAGGUUAAGGUAAGAGGUAAAUCAUCUAAUAGAAGAGCCUGCAGUCCUUAUUGUCAGAACAUGAGGACUCCAGGCUCUUCUAUUAGAUGAUUUACCUCUUAACUUAUCCUGGUAGCCCCCUCAUAUCUCCACGUUAAAAGAGGGCAAAUGUGAAUCAUGUCUGUAACUGUGUAAUGACCUCUAGUGUCCGGCAGAGGGCGCUAGAGGAGUACGGCUCUGGGUGACCUCAAGAGGGCGCUAGAGGAGUACGGCUCUGGUAGCGCAUUCAGGCCGACUGAGAACCGUGCUGGAGCCCGUUCCCGCACCUAAUCGCGAACCGACCGUCGUGUUCACGCCACAGAUAUUUGCGUUCGCGAACCGGAAAAUUGGUUCACAAUGCGAACCGAAAAAUACCAGGUUUUCCUCUGCGAACCGUGACGACAGCGUGGUCGUCAGCAGGUUCAUCCGGGUAACACAGUCACGUGCGGAAAAAGUUCAGAGCCCAGUAUGGACACUGGCGGUUCGCAGACAAGCACUUAAGUGCCGAACGUAAGUGGUGCGAGCACCGACACCGGCUCCGUUCUGGUCGGCCUGAAAGCCAUAUGGGUGACUCCAACUGGGAGCCGUGGCGUCCACACACAAGGUGUUUCUCACAGUGAAGUGCUCUAGCCUUGCUAGAGCGACUAAUACCCAUUUUCCGUUGGAGUAUCCGAUUAUUAAUUACACUUAGAACUACUUAUUGGAUACUCAUUGGUGAAAUCAGUGAAACAUGUGCGUUACUUAGGGCGCCCUAGCAAGGCUAGAACGUUUCUCUUUGAGAAAUGGCCUUUGUUAAUGUAUGCUUGUGUAGCUUAGAGAAUGAGAACUAUUCAGACUGCUCGGUAAUGUAGGCAGCGUCAUGCAGAAUGUAAUUGAAGAGCUUUGUUGCAAAAUGAUUUCUAUCCGUUUUGAAACAUUUUGGGAAAUUUGGAUUUUGUAUUGGGCAUUUCAUUCUUGCAUUGCGUUGCAAAAUGCAUUUUAUAUAGGUUUACGAAGCAUGUUCUCAAAAUAUUUGAAAUGGGUAGAAACUCUCACAUAGAUGAAAAGGACGUCUGAACAGUUGUUUCAAAUAAUAUAGAGUCAAGUCAAGUCAUGCAAAAGUGCAAUGCAAAAGUAAAAAAAAAAUUGAAGUCAUUUUGCAACAAAACUCUUAAUUUGUAAAUGAAUAGUGUAGGGGAGGGUGUUAUGCUCCACAGGAUGCCGUGAUUGGAGGAGAGCACUUGCUUUGGGGUUUUACCGUAUGGUCUAGAUGUGUUUCCCAGUGGGCUACUUCCAAUAUCCUAACUCCCAUCCUCCCAAGUGCUUGUGGCCUCGUGAUGUCACAAGGCGUCAUUGAUGACGACAGAAGUUAAACUCAAUAUCUCGCAAAACUACAAUUGAAAGGUAAUUUUCUCAUUUGCAAUCGGGGUGUUGAAAGGGGAAAAGUCCCCCAAAUGUUGUUGUCGCUAGGCUGACUGCAGUGAAUUGUUACUGUUUUCCACACGGAGGCGUCAUAUUAGGUGUGAGGCCACAAGCACAGGUUGAGGACGGGAGUUUGGAUGUUGGAAAGUACCCAGUGAUACACUAGAGACACAUAUGAUAUGAUAUGAAGAGGUCAGAUAUUAUUGUUCUUGAGUGCGGGAACCUUUUAUGUUCCCACUUUAUUAUUACUGGUCGCUUGCUGUCACUGAAACGUUUGAAUGAGAUGUGUGAUGUUUAAUUUGGGUUAGCCUACGUUUUGCCAGAAUCAAAUGGGGUUAUUAUUAAUUUAUGUAUUUUUUUUUAUAAUGGGACGCUCUUUGCUAAGACCUUGCACUGCUACGCUGUACAGUGAUGUCUUUUGUUACGUGACUCCAAUGUCAUGCAGAGUAUAGAAUGGCUUCACAUGUACAGAAUAUGUAAAGUAAAUUGCUUAUGUUUGUGAAAUAUGAUGACUUUAAUAAAAGAAGAAUAAGACCCACCUGACAAAA